AUAUGUGUUUUGGAGAAUAGAUAGGUCUCUGGGAUUCUAAAAUAGGGAUUCUAACAGCUUUUGGCUCCCUCGGCGAAAACCCUUCUGGGCGAGCGUAAGGGAUUGGAGUGUAUGCCUUGCAUUGGUCGUCAGAUUGCAGGCGCAUUGAGGGCUGUGAUUUGCUGUCAGAAAAGAGUCAAGGACGGCAGGCUAAGAGGCAUCACUCCACGAGCCGCCAGCCUUGCCAUUCUCGUCCAACUCCACCUCAAUCAGAGAUGGCCAAUCGCCGUUUCUGAUCCUCUCCCAAGUAACAGUGCUUCCAGUCGAGCUAAGCGGUAUCUCCCGACUUUGUUAGCAUCAAGAGCACGGAUAGAAAUAGAGAAGGAUGGCUUCGAGGCAUGAGACGUCGUGUGGCCGGCCUGACGUUGAGCUCGUUGAUGGCAAUCCAUUGUGCAUGAGCUGCGGUUCGUUGGCUCCAGCCGAAGACAUCGAGCCAAACCAAGCUCCAACGGCGCCACCGGUGCCGAGUGGGAAACGGGCUGCACUUGCCCUUUCGUGGCCCUCUUCGAUUCAAUAUGUCGACAGCUGUACUGGGGUGGAUGGGGAUGAUAUCACCCCCGUGCUAUCCCAUGUCAUUGGGCAUGUCGAUGCCUCCCCUAGCUCAGGCAGGCCUGCCACGCCUACGGAGGACGACAAUAUCCCUCCCGCAAUAGACAAACAAGAUGGUCAGGCGCCGGAUGAACUAACUGGGACAGACAGUAUCCGAAUCCUCCGUCUGAGCAAAGGCAAAGGCACCGACGCUUUGUACGGGACCCUCAGGGUGCACCAUCUCAAGUACUUCCCAGAGUACGAAGCCGUCUCGUACACUUGAGCCGACGCAAGUGGGGACGCAAGCAGGACCAAGAGGCUCUAUCUGGGUAAGGAAUGGACCAUGUUUCCCAUUACUUCCAACUGCGAGGCUGCUCUCCGAACCCUGCGGCUGCCGGCCAAGGACCGAUUCAUUUGGGUCGACGCGAUAUGCAUCGACCAAAACAACAUUCGCGAACGCUCAAGUCAAGUCCAGCUGAUGCCCAUCAUAUAUGCGACGGCACAGCGUGUGCUUAUCCAUCUUGGCGACGACAAACCCGAGCUCGAU